AUACGAGGUGCAGCAGCUCACCCGGCCAGGUCGGGAGAUGAGGAAUGCGGCAGCCAGGACACGCCGGGACCGCGGCCGAGAUGGGCACCGCGGCGGCACUGCCCCCAACCUGCACGAAGGCACCCGGCAGGUUUCCGUACAGUGCCCCGAGCACAGCCGAGCAUCCCCAACACGGAGACCACCCUGAGGGUUCUCCGGGACAGGAGAGGGGGAUGUGGAGCACGGAGGGACGGUUGGGAGCAGCACAGAGAGAUGCAGGGAUGCUCAGGGGAAGCAAGGGGUCUGCAGGAGAUGCCGGCAUGCUCGGGGCAGGACAGGGAUGUUAGGGCAGGUCAGGGGGACAGGAUGCUGGGGAGCCUGGAUCAGAACAGAGGAUGGUCAGGUGAUGACGGGGGGAGGUUAGAGCGGCUAGGAGAAGGACAGAGAGAUAGCGGAGAGCCUGGGGCAGAGCGUGAAACGCAGAAUGAUCGCCGGGAAUUGGGGCUUUGAAUCCAAACGCUGCGCCUCCCAGCGCUGCUGGUGCUCCCAAAGUAGUGAGAAGUCGACAUAUGAGAUGGAAUCCCAACACCAUGCGAAUGCAUUGAAAGGCAAAGAACAAGAAAAGACCACAGAUGUGAAAGCAAUUAAAACUCCAGGACCUGUACAUUCCCCUCAAAGAAGCACUAGAAAUCAUGCCUUGCUGGAGGCUGCAGGACCAAGCCAUGUGGCAAUUAAUGCCAUCUCUGCCAACAUGGACUCAUUUUCUAGCAGUCGGACAGCUGCCCUUAAGAAGCAGCCAAGUCACAUGGAAGCUGCUCACUUUGGAGACUUAGGCAGAUCGUGUCUGAAUUAUCAGGCUCAAGAGACCAAAUCAAGCCUUUCAAAGACCCUGGAACAAGUUCUGCAGGACAGUGUAGCCCUCCCUUAUUUUAUCCAGUUUAUGGAACUGCGCAGAAUGGAACACUUGGUUAAGUUUUGGUUAGAGGCUGAAAGCUUUCACUCCACGACGUGGUCCCGUAUAAGAGCACACAGCCUGAACACAGUUAAGCAGAGUUCGCUGGCAGAGCCGGUGUCGCCCUCAAAGCAGCAGGAAAUUGCACCAUCUUCACCACCUGGAUUGCUCGAGGAGAGGCUGGAGGAUGCUAGCACUGUCCAUCUGCUCAGGACCAGAUCAGUGACUCCAGACAAGAGCGACAGAACUCACAACAGCCGGAACCACGUGCUCUCAGCUCAAGAGAGGGAUGAUACCAGCGUUCUUUGUCUAAGAAAAUCCGAGACAGGGACACAUUCUGUUCCAGCUGAUCAUCAAGAAUCUUCCAAGCUUACAGUAUCAAAUAGAAACAGUCCCUCAUCUGCACUAAAAGACUUGUCAGGAAAACUAAUGAAAAGUAUAGAACGGGAUGCAGUUAGUACUUUUACCAAAUAUAUUUCUCCAGAUGCUGCUAAACCAAUACCUAUUACAGAAGCGAUGAGAAAUGACAUAGUUGCAAAAAUUUGUGGGGAAGAUGGACAAGUGGAUCCGAACUGCUUUGUUACAGCACAGUCCAUAGUGUUUAAUGCAAUGGAACAAGAGCACUUUAGUGAGUUUCUGCGAAGUCAUCAUUUCUGUAAAUACCAGAUCGAGGUGCUGACCAGUGGGACUGUUUAUCUGGCUGACAUACUUUUCUGUGAAUCAGCUCUGUUCUACUUCUCUGAGUACAUGGAGAAGGAAGAUGCAGUCAAUGUAUUGCAGUUCUGGUUGGCAGCGGAUAACUUCCAGUCUCAACUCGCUGCCAAAAAAGGCCAGUAUGAUGGGCAAGAAGCACAGAAUGACGCCAUGAUUUUAUAUGACAAGUACUUCUCCCUUCAAGCCACACAUCCUCUUGGGUUUGAUGACUCUGUGAGGUUGGAGAUUGAAUCCAACAUCUGCAGGGAAGGUGGUCCUCUCCCUAACUGUUUCACUACUCCCUUACGGCAGGCCUGGACUACCAUGGAGACGGUUUUUUUGCCUGGUUUCUUGUCCAGCAACCUUUAUUACAAAUACUUGAAUGAUCUUAUCCAUUCAGUUCGAGGAGAUGACUUUCCAGGAGGAAACAUUGCACUGAGUAUUCAAGGGCCUGGUGGCUCUCCAGACAGUGAUUCCAUAGGGGGCCCGGAUGGCUCUGCCUCCCAGUCCAAUGUCAAAAAGGCUAAUGUUAAAAUCCUGAAAAAUUUUGAUGAAGCAAUAAUUGUAGAUGCUGCAAGUCUGGAUCCAGAAUCUUUAUAUCAACGAACAUAUGCAGGGAAGAUGACAUUUGGACGAGUCAGUGACCUGGGACAGUUUAUCAGAGAAUCUGAACCGGAGCCUGAUGUCAAAAAAUCAAAAGGGUCCAUGUUUUCACAAGCAAUGAAGAAAUGGGUUCAAGGAAACACAGAUGAGGCUCAAGAAGAGAUGGCUUGGCGGAUAGCAAAGAUGAUAGUCAAUGAUGUCAUGCAGCAGGCACACUGCGAGCAGCGUUUGGAGAAGGGCACAAAGCUAUGAUUUUAGAAAUGCCAGAACAGGAAAUGUGGUUUUCUGCGUUGAGAAUGAGUGAACUUUCCCGUUUGGUGGAUUCUUUAACACAGCCAAUAAAAACAAAGCACUGUUACUCCAACUGCUGAUAACUCCCCUCGUUUAUAAGGAAGAAUUAAAAAGAAGCAAUCCUGUACCUCCACUGUAGAGCGUGAAGAAACACUUUUUCCUGUUGUGUGUGGCGUUUACCAUGAUGGUUUUUAGAGAUGAAGAGACCAUUGCUGAAUGUGUCACUGAGAAACUGUGAUCAGCUUCAUAAAUACUUGACCCCAUCUCAAAAAGACUCCUAAGCAAAAUAUCUGGAACGGGACACAAGCUGCAACAAGGAGGGGAGAGUUUUGCUGUAGUUUCUAGUUCUGCAACCAGUGAUUUUGAAACACGUAACUGCAAAGGCCAUGAAACAUGUCCCUGACGUUGGCCAUUGGAGGAGCAGACCUGAAACGGUGAAUUCAUUUGGCAGUGAAUGACCUAAAAAGUUCUAAGUUUUUAAUUUUCCUUACUUGAAAUAGACGAGUAUUCAACUGUAAGAUAAAUGUAUUUUACUUCAUAACUACAUUAACUUUGAAGGCAGCGUAGAAUGAUGAGGAACAAAGCCUGGAUGGUGUAACUCUUCCUUGUCAAGCUCUGACACUUGCACACAUACAGUCAUCUCCUGCUUCUAACACGCAGCAGACUCGAGCAGACUCUAAAUCUUAUGCUUGUGCAACCCUCUGCUCCUGAGCCUCAGCUGUGAAUGCACACCACGUUUUGAGGAGAUUCUACCCAGUAGACUGCUCCAUUUUUUUUCCUUUCCAUCCCCUAAGCGAGGAAAAAAGUAAUUGCUGCCAUGUGUUACUGCCAUUCUGCAUAGCUUGUUGUCCUCAAACCAACAUAGUAUUUAAUUCCAGAUGUUUGGUUUACAAAGGAAAAUAACUUCAAUGACCUCUGACCGCCUUUUUCCUGACACUGUCAAUACUUGCAACAUACGAAACCUUUAAGUAAAGCCACAGCACCUUCCUUUUUCCCAGUGAAUUGAUUUUUACAGAGUAUCAAAAGCACUGUGUGUAACUCUGUUACGAUCUCGCUGCAUUUUUAGUAUACAGCACUUCUACUUGGGGUUUUUUAUUUCACUCAUGAUUGCUUUCUUUUUCUUGAACUUGUGCAAAAAAUCACUUUGCAAAAGAACUCAAAUCAUCUCCAGUGUUCCAAACAUUUUGAUUGACUAGCAAGUGUUAUUCUGUUGCAAUAUUUGAUUGUAUAGAGAGACACUGUAUUGUCUAUAUAUAACAAAAAAAAGGCAAAAAAGGCUGUGUAUAGGUUUUUGGUACUAUGUACCACCUCUUAUUUCUCUCAUGCCCAAGUAUUCAUGUACUUAAAGCAUACUAUAUUUAAUUGUGUUUUGAUUUAAAAUAUAUAAAUAUUAAAAUUUGUGUCAAUUUUCUGUUUUGAUGGGA